AUGUCCAUAGCAUAUUUAGUUUUUGUUAUUUUUUUUCUGUUGAAUGAUAUGUCAUGUAUAAAUUUACAAAUAGGAAAUCAAAAAUAUUCGUUGAGCUCAAAUAAAAUAAAAAAAGAUAUACUAGAUCUUUACAAUAACUUGAGUCUUUUAAAAUCAGAUAAGUAUUUAAAAGACAACAUUAAAAAAAUAAAUUUAUAUACCAAGUUUAGGAAACGAUUAUACAAAGAUAAAUUAAGUGUUUAUGCAAAUAUUAGUAUCAAAGAGAAAAGUGAAGAUGUACCUGUUAAAGUUGUAGUAAAAGAAAAUAAAGAGGGGGAGGAGGAGAAAAAUAGUAGCAGCAUUAAUACUAGUAUAACGGAUCAUCAAGAAAUUUUUACGAAUUUUUUAAAUUUUAAUAAAAAUAAUUUUUUUUGUGUUGAUGAAUUAGGACUUGAUGUUAAUAUCCCUAUAUUAAAAAAUAGUAAUUUAGGAGCAAAUAUAGUUUAUCAACUUCCAAAGGUGGUGUACGUUAAUGCAUAUGCAAAUGCUUAUAAUACUAUUAUCAAAGGAGAAUUCAAUACUAUAGAUAUUAUAAAAAGGGUGAGUUUUUUUCAGUUCUUUGAUAAUUUUUAUUUAAAUGCAAAUUACGAUUUCAAAAAUGAAAAAGUUCUUGUAAAUUUAGAAAGUAAAUUAUAUGAAUACUACAAUAAAUAUGGUGAUAACAUAAGCUUUAAUAACAAAAUAAUAAUUGAGAGGAAUAAUAACAAUGACUACGACGGCUCGGUCUGCCUCUCCUUGAAGUAUAACAACAAUGUCUUUAUGCCCAUCUUUAAUUUCAAGGACAAAUCGUACGAGUAUAUAUAUGAUAAUCUCAGUGCAAACAGGAAAUUCAGUGUAAAGAUUGACAAAGACAGGAAUGUUCACGUUAACUUUUUAUCUUUUGAUAAAGUGAAUGAAUCAAAUAAAUACUUUUUAUUUUUUAAUUUCGUGUUUUCAAAUCCAAUGCAAUCCAUAAUAACUCUAAAGCGUGAAUUUGUUGUCUAA